AGGACCCUCCGGCUCGUGCGUCUCGUGCGGCUGACGCGCGUGGCGAAGCUGCGGAAGCUGUGGCAGAAGCUGCAGCAGAUGAUCUACUCGGUCACCGUGAGCAUCGCGGCGAAUAUCAUGGUAAUGGUCAUGUUGCUGUUGAUCAUUAGCCACUUCAUCAGUUGUGCCUGGUUCUACAUCAGCUACAACUGGGAUGGUGACGACCGCUGGCUGAGCGUCCACGACAUGGUUGACGCAGCCUGGUACUACCAAUACGCUACGGCGAUGCACUGGUCCAUCACGCAGUUCACGCCCGCAUCGAUGCAGAUUGUCCCGCACAACAUGGCGGAGCGUGUCUUCACGAUCUGCGUGGUGGUCUUCGCCCUGGUGGGCUUCUCCUACGUGGUCGGCAGCAUCACGGGCAGCCUGACGCAGCUGCGGAGCCUGCACGAGGAGGAGUCGAAGCAGUUCUGGGACCUCCGCCGGUACCUCAAGCACAACCAGGUGGACGUGAACCUCUCGAUGCGCAUUCAGCGCUACCUGGAGCACGCCUGGCAG